CUUUAGCCAGUUAAGUGUCGGUACAGCGACUGGGCCAACGUCAGGCCUGGUUUCACCACAUUACCCUGCAGUGCUGCCCAGAUGAGAUUACGAAUCCGCGUGAAGCAGAAUCUGGAAGAAACGCGCCGGCGCCACACCCUCCCGCCCGGCCGUCCGCUCGCACUGACAGCCCGCGCGGGUGCGGGGCCCGGGCCUGUGAGCCGGGGGCCGCAGGGGACCCGGCCUGUUGCCCCGCCGCCGCCCCGCCCUCCCCCUGCCCCCCCGAGGCCCGCCCCCAUAGCAGACAACCGAGGCCUAAUCGCCGCCUGGGCUGCGGGGCCUAAAGGAAGGGGCCGGCGCUGAAGAGGGGGCGGCCACGCCGCCACCGCCGCCUCGGCUACUCAGCGAGGCGGCGGCUUCCGCGGCCCCGGACUUCGGCUCUCCCGCUCACGUGCUCCUGAAAGACGGUUUCACUCUCUUACCCUCUGCAAAAUCCUCCUUAACAUGGUUUAAACACCACCCGGCGCCGCCCCGGUGACUCUCCGAACCUUCCGCGGGGCCACUCAGUACUCGGGGGUACGCGUGAGGGAGAGACUGAGCCAGGAAAGGACUGGGAGGAGGUCGGGGUUGAGGCUGUAGCGGCGGCCGCUCGGGCUGCCCCGACUUCCCCACAGCGAGAGGGAGCGCGCGCGAGCGAGCAAAGAAGUAGCCAGCGAGCGCCCGCCCGCCCGCCUGCCGGGCCGCCCCCGUAACUGACAGCUGGGCGGACCCGCCCGCCACCGCCCCGCCCUCCUGGCCUGUCCAUCCGCGGGAGGCGGGGCUGGAAUGGGGCCUGGCCCGCGCCUGCGGCCAAUCGGAAGCGGCGGCGGCGUGGGCGGUUGCGUGACGGACAGGCGGCAGGACGCUGGCGCCGCCGCUCCUUCCGGCGGGCCGGGGGACAACGCGGGCGCCGAGCGCACGCCUGCGCUCUGUCAGAGGACGCGCCCGCGCGCAGACAGCGUACUCUCUAGGGGAACCUGGAGGGGGUCCCUGACCGCGACGCAAGAAGGGGUCUCUGGGCGGGUACCUGCGACGGCACCUCAGAUUACUCUGUAAAAUUUGUCACUGUGACCCCGGCCUUGGCCGUUCCUGAACUGGAUCCUCAUUUCUGCUGGAAGCGCUUGGAAGCAAAGGAGAGAAUCGCAGACACGAUUAACCGGUCUGAUGGGCUUUUUUUAUCCCCUGGUCCAACCCCUGGCGCCUUUCCGUACUCCCUUCCUGCUUCUAAUAUCAGCCAAAGGGAAAGUAAAGAAUCGGAAGAAAGGGUAGGAAGAAACUGGAAUUUGAGUUGGUAAGAGAAGUUUGGGGUUGUCAUCUUUGGACUAUAGCAACAAUAAUGGACUGAUGUCGCCAACAUGUUGCACCAUCUAAAGCCCACGCUUGGCCCAUUCUCCUAGGGAAUUUUAAAUCCUCUUCUGACAAUAGAUGUAUGAAGUGAAUCGACCUUAAUGCGUCUGUUUCAUAGAUUAAGAAAAAAUAAUGAGGUCACAGAUAAACAGUGUGCCAAAACAAGGACGUGGACUUGGAAGUGGACUUGGACCUGACUUCCAGGCACGAUGUUAUUAUUUAAACUCAAAAAUCACAGCUGCGGAAUCCUACCAUUCUGCCAGUAUUCAACAGCUAAGAGGUUCAACUUUACCCUGAGGGGGGGAAAGAGAAGCCUUUAAUAAUGUUUAAGUAGGAAAGGAGAGGAGGAGAAUAAUGCAACUAACCUUGCUGGGGGUGGGAGGGGAGGGUGGGGAUCUGAAGUCUACCAAGCAAUGAAUGGAGCGCUUAUCAGAAAAUACCCACAGACCUUCUGAAAAAAAUGCAGCAAAUCUUAUUUUCAAAUUACUUAAUGUAAAAGUGU